AUGAAUCGAUUCCUCGUCUUCGUCCUCUUAGCCCCUCUUCUCCCUCUCCUGGCGUCUGCGGCCCCAACCGGCAGCAUAGCUGGAUCUGGUACGCCAGUCAUCUCUGCGAUACCGGCGAGCGAGACUGUUGCCCUUGCGAGUGACGACCCAAACGCUGUGCUGUGGAAUGUCACCAUCGACACCGACACCGAUCCGCAGCCGAUUCGAGGAGCUCUUGGGGCAUCUAUCAUGGCCCAGCAGAAUAUCCCUCUUCAACAACUCAACCCAGAUCUUCUUGCGCCGCCUACAACGGAUGCAGGUGAUAUUCCUAAUUUGAAAUGGCCCUUCUCCAUGAGCUCGAAUCGACUUCAAACUGGAGGAUGGGCUCGCCAAACCAAUAUAAAUCAACUGUCCAUUGCAACCUCCAUGGCUGGUGUCGAUAUGCGCCUGGAAGCCGGCGCAAUUCGUGAACUCCACUGGCACAAGACCGCGGAGUGGGCCUAUGUUUUAAGUGGAUAUAUGCAAGUAUCGGCGGUAGACAGUAACGGUAGAAAUUUCCUGGGAACAAUUGGCCCCGGCGAUCUAUGGUAUUUCCCGGCGGGUAUCCCACAUAGUCUUCAGGCCACCAACCAAACGGAAGAUGGGGCCGAGUUCCUCCUGAUCUUCGAUGACGGAGAUUUCAGCGAAGAUUCCACGUUCUUGUUGACGGACUGGCUAGCCCAUACUCCCAAAGAUGUCUUGGCCAAAAACUUUGGAACUACCAUAGAAGCAUUCAAUAACAUUCCUGCUCAGCAACUGUACAUAUUCCCCGGAAAUUCACCCUCUCCUGAUGCUGUUGCACCAGAAGAUCCUCAGGGACAAGUUCCAAGCCCUUAUACCUACAAAUUCUCGGAAGUUACCCCCACGCAAUUAGCGGGAGGCUCCGUCAAGAUUGCCGACUCGACUGUAUUCCCUGUGUCGACGUCGAUCUCUGUCGCCGAUGUCACUGUGGAGCCAGGAGGAAUGAGGGAGCUGCACUGGCACCCAACUCAGGACGAAUGGACUUAUUACUUGGGUGGGGCCGCUCGGGUUACAGUCUUUGCCUCGUCAAGUACUGCACGGACAUACAACUAUGAGGCCGGCGACAUCGGUUUCGUUCCCGCUACAUACGGACACUAUGUUGAGAACAUUGGCAACGACACCCUGCAUUUCCUCGAGAUCUUCAACACUGCUGUCUAUGCGGAUGUCAGUCUAAACCAGUGGCUGGCAUUGACACCACCUGCCAUGGUGGAGGCGCAUCUUGGCCUGUCUCAAAACACCAUGGAUCUCCUCACAAAAACAAAGGCGGUUGUAGUUGGACCGAAUGGGCCUUGA